AUGAUACCCUUUACCACAGACUUCGAGAGCUGGGCGGCUCAAGUCAGAGAGCACAAUGUUAGCCACUUGACCUUGUCACAACUGCGCGAUACGCACUUUUCUGGCUCCAGGAUCCCACAUGCCGCUUUCUCGCAGCUCCGCGCCAUUUGGCCGCCUGUCCAGACUGCCGACAAGGCCCUCCACGCUCUACGCCGUGCUGGUUUCAUCCCCGACGACGACGGCGGCGACGGCACCGGAGCUACCUCCGGUCGUGAGCGCAAGACACCCGUCACCGGUCGAUUGUACACAGAGGCCGAAUGCCAUCUUCGUGCAUUGCUGGGCCAAAUGGCGCCGGCACGGCCGGCUGGAGAGCCCACGACCACUCCGAUCGCCCAAUCCACAUGGUCGUCUAAGUUAGAACUUCUAGAGGCGGAGGAAAAGCUAGGCAUCUUUGCUGCUUGCCUGAGCUUGUGGCGACAGGCGAGACCAGUCCCUGGUGCACAUGUCGACACUGGUACUCAAAAAGGGCAGAUUCCCCCCGGACUUCCCCCGAGAUCAGAGGAAGACGGGUCUGACGACUCACCUUCCGAGUCCGGCGAAUCAUCUUGCGAAGACCUAUUGGCGCUCUCGUUCUCCGACUGCGAGGCAGAUUUCAGCCGCCUGAUGCAAGAUACGACGUCGAAACCACCGAAGGACUUCAAGGUUUCAGCACCUUCAGAGGAUCCACCAAUACCGGCCACCGAUUCGUCUGAAAGUGAGGGUGAACCUCCUACUUGGAACUUUGAAGGGCGCUCCGAAGGCACUUACAAGCGGACCCCUUACGAGGCCCAGACGACAGUCUUUUUUGUCGCCUUCUUUCAUGCCCUGUUCACAUACAGGCUUUCCAUGCUCUGGAGUGAAUUCGUCCGGGUCGCUGCCGAGGAACGCCAGUACAAGUUUGACCCGUCGCUCUUCACCGCCUGCCCCGAUGGCGCUUUCUACAUGCCCCCGUUCUCACCAGAUCCCUUUCUAUUUUUCGAGCUGAAGCCUUUCCAGAGGAGGAUGCAACGGGACAAAAUAUGCAGGGAGGAGACAGCCGAGAUGGCGGCCAUCCUCAGCCAACAGCUCGCCUUGUCUAGGGUGGCCCAAACCAAGUACGUGUUGAAACCCUUCCCAUCUCCUCAGUUCCUGUCAAUCUGCUGGUGA